CAAUAACGAACAAAUAUCAAAUAUGGAUAGAUGAUGCUUGUAGUGGAAACUAUUUGAAUCCUUUUAAAUACUCAGAGUUUACGAAUAUCGAAAUUAUAGGAUAUGGUGGUUUUGGAUGUGUCUAUAAAGCUCGUUGGAAACAUAACAUCUUCGCUUUAAAGUCCUUUAGUAUUGAUAAAGUAACUCUGAAAGAAGUUGUAAAUGAGAUAAAAUUACAAACGGUAGUCCACUUCCAUGAAAAUAUCAUAAAACUUUGCGGUAUCACAAAGACAGACGAAAAUCCUAUUAAAGGGACUCCUGUUAAAUAUAUUGAGUUAUAUGAAGAUUGUUGGAGCAAUGAUCCAAAUGAACGUCCAGAUAUGCGAUUUGUUGCUUCAAGACUUGAAUCAAUAUAUUUAAAUAAAAUGAUGCAUAAACCAAGCAUUCCAAAUAUCAAUAUAGGUAACGGGAUAUACUUAUCAAAUGAACUUAAAUCAAUUAUUGAUUCAAUUUUUGAAUUAGAUAUCAAUGACUUCAUAAAGUUAUCUGAAAAGAUCAAAUCAAAUAUAACUGAAAAUUCUUUAAUUACAUUAAAUCAAGCAACUGCAUCAUCAACAGAAUAUUAA